AACCUCGCCCGGGUUCGCCUAGAGUAUAUAUACGUCCUGCCUCUAGAGUCUGUUUUAGCUAGCCUAGACGUUUACACGUUGUGGGUAGUGCAGAUAGAAGUGUGGGAUUCGCACUCUGGAGGGGCUGGUAUAGUUUAGAGUCCAACUAUUGGUGAGCUGCGCCGAGUGGAGAUGAACAGCAAUAAAGCUGCAGCAGGGCUUUUCUUCUGCUGUUUUGUUGCUGUGGCCCAGGGGCAGCUAGCACUCCAGGCCCUACCAGAUGUGUUGUUUGUGGACAACGGUGGAGUCCAUGGAGUGGAGCUGGGGACUGUUGUUAGAGCUCGCUGCACUGCCAGCAGCAGCUCAGCUCCCCUCCUGACCUGGUUCAAGGAUGGCGGUAUUCUAGCCAGUGAUCCUCCUCACAUCAGGAUACGGAGCAGCUCUAGUGGUAGCGAGGUGUCUUCAGUUUUCACCGUCGACAACUUUGACAGUGUAGAUAAUGGAGACUACUACUGUGAGGCCAGCAAUGAUACUGACACUCUAGCCAGCACCACACUCAGUCUCUCAGUUGUUGAUGAUGACUCAAUUAGACUCUUCCGGAAUCCCGUUACUUAUGAAACGAAUGGUGAUUUGGGCGACACUUUGAAGUUUUAUGACUUGGUUCGUGAUAAUCGGUCAUCAUUCGCAAUAGGAGAUGACUUUGAGCCAAGUCAAUUUAUAGAUCUGUGUUGCCAUGUGCUCAGAUGUAUAGCUGCAAUCCCAGGAGACCAAACACAAGCAACAAACAUUAGCCAACUGACAGUGACAUGGCUGAGGAAUGAAGAGGAGGUAGUUCACUCAGCUGGUCAAACAGAGAUAACGAUUGACCUGAGAUAUCAGUUAGGACCGAAUGAGACUAGAUAUGUAUCUCAGCUUCGUCUGCUCCCAUUUCAGACUUCAGACAUUGGAGUCUAUCAGUGUGUGUACUCAGACUUUGACUCUGAUAGAGAGCUGGUGUACAGCACUCCGUUCAGUCUUGACACUGAUAACAGUUCGGAGGUUAUGCUCGAGGCAGUGUCUCCAGUAGACAUUAUUCUUGAUCCUCCUGAGAAGCUCGUGAUUGAAGUGGAGUCGUCUGGAGGAUACUACCGCCAUGCCUGGUACAAGAAUGACGAGCAGCUCUACCCCAAUGACGAUACCACGUUCAAACAAGCCAAUCCUGCUAGAUUCUCAGAGUUCUUCCAAGUCUUUGUACAGGACCCAACCACCACCUCAGACCAUGGAAUAUACAGAGUGGACCUUGUUGAUAGUAAUGCUUUGAACGCCAUAAUCUCUGUAUAUCAGACACUGCAGUUCUCAGUAACCCCAUCUGUACCUCUGAGUGUGGAGGCUCUCAAUACGACUACUGUCACUGUACUGGAAGGAGAAGAUGUGGACAUUUCCUGUAUAGCAAAAGCCAACCCUCUCCCCUCCAACAUCACGUGGUCAUUUGGGUGGGCAGCUCCACUUCCUUCACACAAACUGACUCUGUUGAGACCAUGACGGCCAAUGUUCCUAGUGCAGGGACCUUCUCCUUCACAGAGGGCAAUACCACAUCCACACUCCACAUAUCAGCUGCUCAGUAUCCCACACACAGUGGUACCUACACCUGCUCCUCCACCAAUGACACCACAAAUAUCACCGAUACCAUCGUGGUUGAAGUUCAAGUACCUCCUGAGGUGACAGUAUCAGCCGCAAGUUCUCGAGUGUCUGUUGGGCAGUCCCUGAACAUCACAUGCUCCAUUUCAAGGACGUUACCCUCUGACUACACCAUAGAGUGGACAUUGAGCAACACCACUGGAGGCGCUACAACACUGACUGAGACUGGGGAGACUCUGACUCUGAGUGAUAUCACUGACACAGACUUGGGGACCUACACUUGUACUGUCACCAACUCGGCAGACCUCAGUGGCUCUGCUAACAUCACCAUAGAGGAAGGAGUUGGACCGUCAGUCAGUAUAGCUGAUAUUGAGGCAGCGGUUGCUGGAGAUGACGUCACUCUCAACUGUACUGCUACUGGAGACACUCCACUGGUCUAUCAGUGGACACUGGAGGGCAGUACAACUGUCCUCAACUCUGACAACACCACUGGAGAACUUAUCCUGACAAACAUCAUGGAGUUUGACUUUGGAACGUAUGUAUGUGAGGUGUCCAAUGCUCUCCAAACUAAUAAUGCCAGCAUAAACCUCGAACAAGCAACUCUUUCUACCACCUCAUCGGAGGAGAAUGUUACUGUUGUGGAGGGAGAGACUCUGGAGCUGAGUGCUGCGUUCCAGUUCAACCUGAUACUGGACAGCAUCUCGUGGAAGAGAGAUGGAACAUUGCUACAGAGUGGCUCAGAUGGUGUCACUAUCACUGAUUCUGACCUGAAUCCACCUAAUGCUACAUCUACACUCAGACAGACCGACAUUCGUCGAUCAUCUGACACUAUAUUUUCUUACGUAGCGAAUGCUACCAGCCGUGCCGGAUCAUCUACUGUGACUUUCAACGUAGACGUUCUCUAUCCUCCUGAGGUGAGUGUGUCUGCUACUCGGACAAGGGUACCUGUGAACGGGUCCACCUCCCUCACUUGCUCAGUCGCCAGCAGCAAUCCUCCCGAUUUCUCCCUGGUGUGGACUCUAACUAACACAACUGGUGUCACCACAACACUCAACACCGCAGACCAGACUCUAGAACUGUCUGGAUUAGGUUUGGACCAGUUCGGGACGUACACCUGCAAUGUUACCAAUUCGGAAGGUCUGAGUGGAGAAGCUAACGUAAUUUUAGAAGAAGGAGAGCUACCAGAAGUCAAUAUUGAUGGGGUUGACCCUGCUGUUACUGGAGAUAACGUCAUUCUCACCUGUACUGCUACUGGAGCCACUCCACUGGUGUACCAGUGGACCAUGGAGGGCAGUACAACUGUCAUCAACUCUGACAACACCACUGGAACUUUGGAACUGGCAGACAUUCAAGAGAAUCAGUUUGGGACGUAUGUAUGUACAGUGACCAAUGAUCUGGGGAUGGCUACAAGUGAAGUGAUUCUCCAACAAGCAGUGGCUCCAACUGCUGGCAACAACGCAACACUCACAUUCAGUGUUGGAGAUGAUCUAGUUUUGGUGGCAGUAUUUUCAGAGUUCAAUCUGGAGCUGGAUAGUAUAGUAUGGACCCAGAAUUCCUCCAUAUCACUGAUGGAUGGAGUCACCAUAUCAAACACUGCUCUGAGUCCACCAAGUGCUAGCUCCACACUGACCAGACCUCGCAUCACUGGAGUCUCCUACGGAGGAACAUACACUGCCACUGCCAGCAACAGGGCUGGAUCUAGUUCAACUACGUUCACUGUUGAAAUCACUGCUGCACCAGAAAUUAUAUUGGAAGAGACCCAGCAACAGAAUCUGUUCAACGAAAGCACAGAAGCGAGCCUUACAUGUACAGCAUCAGGGAUACCGCCCGUCACUGUAAACUGGUCGUUUGCAGGAGAUAUGGUGAACGAAAAUGAAACUGCCAGCACAAUUGAGCUAAGGGACGAUCUCUUUGUAACCACGAGUGUCCUAACAAUCAUGUCUGUUGAGAGGUCUGAUGCUGGCACGUACAUUUGUAUCGCAACCAACGGAGUACUACCUAGUGCUUCAGCACUUGUCAAUCUCACUCUCAACUUUGCUCCUGUCAUAGAACAGGAUCCAAUAGGAGAAGAUGUACUGGCUCCAGAUGAAGUCAUUCUAAUGUGUACUGCUGAAGGAGAGCCUUCACCAGAUAUUGUGUGGGUAAAGGAGGAAACAAAUGGAGCUAUGACAGAGUUCUCUGAGUCAGGGAACGGUCUGAUCGUCGACACUGUGAAGUCUACCUCCAUGUCUUUCAGUACACUGACCAUUAACUCUACUGACUCAUUUGACACUGCCAAUUAUUCUUGCAUGGCCGAAAACAUCCUUGGCAGUACUACCAGUCAACCAGCAGAAGUAACUGUCUUUGUGUCGCCGUCAAUUCAACCAGAACAGGAUCUAUACGUGGCCAUAGAGUUUCAAUUGCAGGAGGUGACCUGCAGUGCUACAGGAGUGCCCCCACCAACUAUCACCUUCAUGAGGAGAGAUGUAGUAUUGAAUGGGAAUAGUAACAGUAGUGAUAUCAAUGACAGAGUCGAUCUUCAAGACCCAACACAGCCAGUUAUGAAUGGCGACAGAUUGUAUGUGGUGAACAGAACGUUGCAGAUAGUUUCACCUAUUGGAAAUGACACUGGAGUUUUCAUCUGUCUAGCGAGUUUUGAGGUGCUCAAUCAAACGCUAACGGCCAUUGAUUCCUUCAAUUUCAUUGUCCAAGUUGCACCCACUAUUGAAGUUGCCCCUACUGAUAUAGAAGUUAUAUCUCCAAGAACAGCUAUGUUUUAUUGCGAGAUUAUCGGUGUGUUCCUUUCAAAUACCACGUGGCAGAUGAAUGGGAAUGCCCUAGAGUCAGGGGGAGAUAUAGACAUUGAAAUAGACAUAAGAGACGAUCUGAGAAACAGCACAUUAACUAUUAAAAACACGGUACCAAGUGAUGCCGGAAACUACACGUGUCUGGCUGAAAAUGAUGCUGGAAGGACUUCUGCAUCAGCUCAGCUGACAGUAAACUUUCCUCCAGCUAUAAUGGACCCACUAUUGGACUCAAACGUCACAGUAAACGAAGGGAUGACUGCAGUGUUUGGGUGCGCUGCCACCGGCGUACCUGCUCCCACGUUAACCUGGAGAAGGAGCGGAUUCUCAAACUUCUCCGUAGACCCGCGGGUAUCACUGGGAGUGCCAACCUCUCCAGAGCCGCUGUCCACAUCCAAUGGUACCGUCUAUUUCGUCAGCCGUCAGCUAAAUCUCUCAGACACGCGAGACUCUGACUCCGGAACUUACUAUUGUGAAGCUUCCAGUGGCGAGGAACAGAGCCUCAAUGUGGAAGUCUCUUUUGAAUUGAUUGUUAGAGUUGCACCAGUUAUAACAGCAGCUCCUGUGGACAUGGCAGAUCUUCGAGGGAGCACCGUAGUGUUAUCAUGUAAUGUCACAGGGAGACCACGACCCGACAUAACAUGGUGGAGAGAAGACGACAGCAGUGGGGACUUGACUCAAGUUACUGAUGUGACGGGGAAGACCCUAAUUGAUUCAGAGGUGAUUGGUGGAGAAAGGGGACGGAUGAGUAACCUGGCAGUAAUGGACAUUCAACCUUCUGAUGCCGGUGUGUAUGUGUGUCGAGCUGACAAUGAUGCUGGACAAGCUGAAGCACUUGCAACACUCACCGUGCUCGUUGUUCCUGAGAUUGAUUUCCCACCUGAGGAUUAUGAGUAUACGACCAUUCAGUUUAUGGAUACUGUGUUCGAAUGCAAUGCCACUGGGAUCCCAGCUCCAACCAUUCAGUUCUUCCUCGAUGGCUCUCUUCUUGAGUCAAACGAAACCUUUUCCAUCCUGGAUCCCGUGAACGACGUCAUUGACGUCAGUGGUGAAGGUGACCUGGUGCAUUUGGUGACCAGAAGACUCCUCAUCAGUCCCACACUUGAUGGGGACUCCAACAACUACACUUGUGUUGCCACCAAUGAUAACGGAACUGAUUCAGUAGAGUUUGAAUUGGUUGUGUUUGUUGCUCCUGUAAUAGUGGGUAGGCCAGACUCCCAGAUAGUUUUGAAGGAUGAUCGGGUUGUACUGUCGUGUGUGUCUGAGGGGAGACCUCCUCCAGCCAUCACAUGGUUGGAGCAGUUGGUUCAAGCAGAGGAGAGUGAUAGAGUUAGCAUUGAUAUUGUGUUGCGAGGGGCACGUCAGGUUGCGAGCAAUCUCACAAUUGAGCCUGUGCAACCUCGUGACAGUGGCCAGUACACAUGCAUGGCCUCCAACGUGGCCGGAAAUGAUUCACAGUCAGCUGAUCUUACGGUGCAAGUUUUUUCUGAAGUCCAGUUCCUGGUUCCCUCGCCAUUGCUCACUGUGAACCAGUCAGAUUCAGCAACAUUCACAUGCAAUGCCACUGGUAUCCCAGCCCCUGUCAUUAACUGGUUCAUGGGAGACCAGAGGCUAAGUGAUGUCCUCCUCUCACGAGUUAACAUCACAGAGACUGAGGCUCGUGAAUACGCCACACCUAAUGGCGACGUGUUUGCAGUAACCAGUGUUCUAACUAUCGAACCAACCACGGGCAAUGACUCUGGUACAUACACAUGUAAUGCAUCGAACACAGUUGGUGCCUCUAUGAUGCCAGCUAGUGAUGAAGAAAUCACCGAAUUAUAUGUCCAAGUUCCACCAGUUGUUGUCGCUAUUGUGGAAGAAGUGAUUGGAAAUGAAAAUGAAAGUUCAACGCUUCAGUUCAUGAUUGACAAUGCUGAACCUGUGGUCGAACUGAGUGGACUGAGGUGGUUUUAUUCUGCCGAGAUAUCUCAAUCAGCCACCAUGGAGGAUAUUACUAAUAGCACCAACAGAACUACAGGAUCCCAACUCAUCACCUCAUUUAGUAGCGAUGGAAGGUUCUUCAACCUAACAGUUGUCAACAUCCAACAGCAGCGCCAGGAGGGAGAGGAGACAGACCAAGGACGAUACUUUCUGCAGGCCACCAAUCCUGCUGGAACUAGCUCGGCAUACGUAGACCUUGAAGUGUAUGGGCCACCACUGAUUAUUAUCCCACCAGAAGAUGAGUUUGUCAUUGCUGGAGGUUCUGCUGUGUUCUCUUGUGCUGCGCUAGCUUUCCCUGCGCAUAUCACAGAGUGGACAUUCGUCGAUAGCAAUGGAGAUGCAACAAUCAUCAUCAGCACUUAUGAUGGAGAAAACAACUCGAAAUAUGCUGUUGAUAACUCGACUUCAUCUCUUUUGGUCAACUUGUGGUAUUCAACACUCAGUAUUCAGACAGAGGGGAGUAUAUGUGUACUACCAUCAAUGAAGUUGAUAGCAGGAGCGCCUUGGCAUAUCUCACAGUUCACGUUCCACCAGUGAUCGUAUCGACUUCACCUGAAACAAGGGCAAAUAUAGUAGAGCAGGUUGUUCUAGUGUGUAGUGUCACUGGGUUCCCCCACCCAACUAUCACGUGGUCGAAAGACGGUGAACUACUGGCAGAAGAUUCAAAUCGAGUCCGGACCUACGUAUUUGAAGCCAGUGCCCCUGUAGCGAGUGCUAGUGGGUCUACCAUUAGCCUCAUAGGUAGUGGAUUGGUUGGUAGUGGGUCUGCUGGCAGUGGAUCAGCUGGUAGUGGCUCCAUUGCUGAUCUCAUAAGAGAUGCUGUGUUUUCUGAGGAGGAUAUUCAGAGUCUUGGUGAGCUCGGAGUCGUGUCUGUUUUGGCGUUCCAGACACUAGUGAGAGGGGAUACGGGGGAUUACACAUGUACCGCCACCAACAGUCUUCCUGGGAGACAGACUGGGACUAAAAUGGCCGACUCACCACCCAUAUCUCUCACUGUACUGGAGGUUCCUGAUGUGGUCAAAAACUUCACAAGUGGUCUCAUUGGAGCUCGAUGGGCGGCGCUGGAGUGGACCUUUGGGUUUGAUGGAAACAGUGACAUCAUCUCUCUCAGAGUCCUCGUCACUCAAGAAGACGAGACAAACAUGAUCGAAAUUAACCAAGAUGUGAACAGGUAUAAUGUAACGGAAGGAAUUUUGCCCUUCACUUCAUAUGACUUCCAAGUGUCUGUUUGCAAUGCCAUUGGCUGUGGGGUAUUCACAGAUACUGUGACGGUCACAACUGAAGAAGAUGCUCCUGAUGCAGCCCCAACCAUAACUACAAGUGUCUCGCCAUCAUCUACUUCACUGCUGGUCUCCUGGGAUCCUCCAGUGGCUGACAAACGAAACGGAAUCCUCAGGGACUAUAUUGUCUACUACACAAGCGAUGCAGAGCUGCCCAUGAGUAUGUGGGAGAGAACUUCUACUCCAGACAACGGCAUCACUCUCACUAGACUCAGGAUCUUUACUCUGUACACUGUAUCAGUGGCAGCUUCAACCACGGCUGGUGUUGGUCCUUAUGAUACGGUGGAGUUUAGAACACUGAAUGACACUUGCAGCGAGCCAUUCGCAGUGAUGUCUACAGAUAUUGGGGAGACAACCAUCAGCCUAACAUGGAGUGAAUCUGCCACUCCUAACGGCAUCGUUGAUAGCUAUUUGGUCUCAUAUGGGAUUGAAGGCACAGAUGAUGGAGAUACAGUUAUCUCUGAGAGAGAAGCAGCAGUGCAGCUUGUGAAUCUGAAGCCUUUCACACAGUACACUGUCACUGUGACUUGUGUCAAUGGUGCUGGGCGUGGGAAUUCUAGCUCUCCCCUCACAAGGACAACCAAUUCAGCACCACCAACCCUUCCCGACGAUGCAAUAUCGCAGGUCUCCCAACAGCCAGGUGGAAGGCAGUUCUCAGUUGUUUUCAACAAGCCCGAUGAAACCAAUGGCCCGAUCAGCCACUACCAUGCAGUGGCAGUAUUAGUUUCCCAAGACUCUGCGUCAGACGGCUCACUUGGUGACCCUGACACUGAUUUCAACUCAUUCGAUUCAAUCGACAGCGUCUACUCUCCUGCCUGCGAGAAAGUUUCGCAGACAACAGCAUACAUUGCAGCAGAGUUUGGCAGUGACGAAUUCCAAGGGAGCACUCUUGAGUUUACAUUUGGAAAAGAAGAAGAUACGGUGAACGACAGAGAGCGCUACACUAAUGGCCCUCUCUGCUACUCCACAAGCUAUGGCUUCUUUCUCCGGGUUUACAAUGAUGUGAGUGACAAUAAUGUCCGGAGAUCUGUGAGGCAGACGGCUAGUGACCGGCAGUACAACAGAUUCAGUUCAAGUGGAUAUGUGACUUACAACACUGAAUCUGCACCAUCAGGUGGAAGCAGCAGUAGUAACAGUGGUGCUAUUGCUGGAGCGGUGGUUGUGGUGAUUAUACUGCUUUUUGCAGGAGUUAUUGUGGCUAUUGUGAUAGUAUUUGUUAUUAAGAAAAAGCGGGUUACUGUUUACAAGACUCACACUGAAGCUGUGGAUUUCGACACGUCAUUCUAUCAGAAUGAGCACGUCGAACUGACAGACUACCGGAGCCCCGAAGAAGGUGGAGGUCGUGAACCCAUUGAAGUCGGGCAGCUUGCCUCGCAUGUGGAGCAACUGCACUUGAACGAGAACUGCAUGUUUGGGGAGGAAUACAAAGUCCUGCAAGAAACGAGUCCAAAGCACCCAGUAGAAGCCUGCAUACACUCAGACAACAAGCAGAUGAACCGAUAUGCAAACAUACAAUGCUUUGAUCACUCCAGAUGUGUCUUAAAACCAGUUGAAGGACAAGAACACGACUACAUCAAUGCCAACUUCAUAGACGGCUACAACAGGCGUCAAGAGUACAUUGCAACGCAAGGCCCUCUUCCAAACACAGUGGAAGACUUCUGGAGGCUCGUCUGGGAUUACAAUGUGUUCUCCAUAGUCAUGCUCACCAACCUCACUGAGAAGAUGAAAGUCAAGUGCAGCCAGUACUGGCCUAGCGCAGACAGCCAGACGUAUGCUGGCAUCACAGUCACUUUCAAAACCAUUACUAACAAUGCUGAUUUCGUGGUUCGAACAUUUGACGUGAAAAGGGUUGACUCAGAGGAGGUUCGACAGAUCCACCAGUUCCACUACGUCUCCUGGCCUGAUUUUGGUGUCCCUCGGCAUGCCACCCCCGUGCUCCACUUCCUGCGUCGCAUCAGAGACAUCCACCACUACAACAACUCACAACCAAUGCUCAUCCACUGCAGUGCUGGUGUGGGUCGUACUGGUUCUCUUAUUGCCAUUGAUGUGGAGCUGCAGCGAGCACAGAAGGAGGGGGUGGUUGAUCCCUUCAAUUAUGUCAUCAAAAUGAGAGACCAGAGAAACCUGAUGAUCCAAACUGAGGCUCAGUACAUAUUCCUGUACGAUGCCAUAUUGGAGGGGACGACAUCGAGAGGGACAGAGAUCCCGGUGGAAGGCCUCUCCAGUAGAAUGAAGGAGCUGGAACUGAUGGACGGGGAGGGAGAGACCGGCUACCGAGUCGAGUUUAAUAGGUUGCGUCAGUUCAGAGUGAACAUCAAGGAGUUCACUGAUGCCAAUGACAAUGCCAACCAGUUCAAAAACAGACUGGCCAAUGCCCUGCCAUACAACGACAAUCGAGUGUACUUGACUACACAGCUGGGUGUCUGUGGCUCUGACUAUAUCAACGCCAGCUUCAUUGACGGCUACACUCGUAAGGGGACGUUCAUAGCCACCCAGGGCCCCCUGCCUCAGACCAUCAACGACUUCUGGAGAAUGGUGGCCGAGAAAGACGUCCACGUCAUUGUCAUGCUAACUCAGCUCGAAGAGAAGGGAAAAGAGAUGUGUGCGUGCUAUUGGCCAAAGGAGGUGUCGGGUACGGAGACCAGAGGAAGUCUCUCCACUGAGCUCCUCUCAGAGGAGCCUUUCCAGGACUUUACUCACAGGAAGAUCAAACUUGACCAGACUGUCAAGGGUUCCCUGGUGUCUCGAGUGGUGCAUCACUUCCAGUUCACGGCGUGGCCGGAGAACGGAGCCCCCGAGGAGGGUGCCGGGAUGAUUGAUCUGAUUGGACAGGUCCUCAGGGUCCAGCAACAGACUGGAGAGAAACCCAUCAUAGUACACUGCAGUGCUGGCAUAGGUCGAACAGGUGCCUUCUGUGCUCUGAGUAUAGCCAUAGAGAGGGUGAAGGAAGAGGGCCUCAUCGACGUGUUCCACACCGUCAAACAUCUCCGCACGCAGCGACCGCACAUGGUCCAGACUCCCGAGCAAUACAUAUUCUGCUACAGAGCUAUCAGCGAGUAUGUUUCCUCUCUCGACCAGUACUCCAAUUUCGUUUAACACUCACACAACAAACACUAAAGUUCCUAUUCCACACCACAUGUACGUAAAUGAUUACACCUCUAGCGUCUAUACAGGUAGCAUUUUCUAUUGUAUUUUAUUGUAUUUUAUGGGAGAACCUUAUGUUUGUCAUAUAAGAUGAUUCAGUAAUGUAUUACAACAGAGGGAGCAACAUAACACGGACAUUAAUUACUUACUGUCACGAUGAUGCCAGAAUGGAGUGAUGCAAAUAUACGCUAAAAACACAGAGUCUUACAACUAUUUUGUCCCCGAGACUGUACUACUGGUCUCCUGAGGAUCCUCGCUCUGCUUCGGUUCCCUCUCUCCCUCCUCUCUCUCCUCCCCCUCCCUCUCCUCCUCCCUCCCUCUCUCCUCCUCCUCACACCCACUUGCG